CUCGCUCAAAUCUUCUACAAUCAUUGUGCUUCGGCCCGUGGAGCUUUCACAAUGUCCGCAGGCAAUGAUGGCAAGGAGAAGUCGACCGUUGAGGUCAGCGGACUCCAGCCUGUGCAAACAGGCAUGAGCGACCGGAAAGAGGAGCACGAAAUCAUGGACAAUAUUUCUUCUGGAGCGGGCAGCCUCUCCGAUUCAGAGCUCGAGAAGCAUGAGGGCUAUGUCGUUGAGUCCGCGGCCGACCUUUCGACGAAAAUUGUCGACAUGGAAGAUGACCCUACCGAGCCUGUCAUGACUUUCCGAACAUUCUUUCUUGGAUCUGGUCUCGCCAUCUUCGCCUCCGUCCUGCAAGAAAUCUUCUACUUCAAGCCGCAGACUAUCUUCGUCUCAUUGGUCUUUAUUACGGUUAUUGCGUACGUUCUUGGGGGUUUCAUGGCAAUUGCUAUUCCGCGAUGGGGAGUGCUUCGGUAUUUGAAUCCACAUGCUUUCACCAAGAAAGAGCAUGCCGCCAUCACUAUCAUGGCAUCAGCGGCUGCUGUAUCUGCUCUGGCGACUGAAGCUCUCGCUGCUCAAGAGCUCUUCUAUGGCGGCUAUCCGAGCAAAGGUGCUGGAAUAUUCAUCGUCCUGUCUUCGCAGAUUCUCGGGUUCGGUGUUGCUGGCAUGAUGAGGCGCAUACAAGUCAACGCGACCAAAAUGAUUUGGCCCACGGCUUUACCGAUCAACACUCUACUCCAGACAAUGCAUGGCAACAAGAACGAGACCAAGAAGAAGAUGCGGUUCUGGUACAUUGCCUUCUUUGCCAUGUUUUUCUGGGAGAUCGUACCGGAGUGGAUCAUGCCAUUGUUGAUUGGUGUUUCUGUCUUCUGCCUAGCAGAUCAACAUUCGAUUGUCUUCUCGAAUAUCUUUGGUGGUGCGUCAGGGAACGAAGGUCUUGGAGUGUUGAGCAUCUGUCUCGACUGGAACUACAUUGCGUCGUUUCAGUCGCCGUUGUGGUAUCCGCUGAAGACGACCACAAACAUGAUGUUGGGCAUCUUCGUCUGCUAUAUUAUCUUUGCGAGCACCUACUACGGCAAUGUGUGGGAUGCACAAAACUACCCAUGGAUGGCCCAGCAGCUUUUCAACCAAACGUCGAGUACACCAACAAACUACACCACCUAUAAUCAGACUCUCAUUUUACAACCGGAUUUCACCAUCGACUUUGAUGCCCUGGACGUUAUGGGAGCACCUGCUCUGACAGCUACGUAUCUGCUGUAUCUGAUCACCUCCAACAUGGGCUUCACUGCUGGCAUCGUUUACAUGUUUCUGUGGCAUUACGACGACCUCAAGGAUUCGUGGUCCUUUCUGCAUCUCACCAAUCUACGCAAAAUCUUUCAGAUCGACACUUACCGCUUCUGGAAAUAUGAGUCCUAUGAGGAGCGCGUUGCAGCCAUCCAAGGACAUCCCGAUCUCGAUCCACACUACAAGCUCAUGAUGCGCAAUGGGUACAAAGAGGUACCCACAUGGUGGUGGGCUAGUGUUGUUAUCGCAGCCUGGAUCACUGGUAUCGUCUGCCUUUACGUGAUGAAGUCGACCUUGCCCUGGUGGGGAUUCCUGCUCUCAACCGUCUUCCUCUGGCUCUUUUCACUCUUUUUCAACUCUCUCCAAGGCUUGACAGGAUUCGGCUUCAACCUCCAACCCAUCGCCCAAAUGCUAGCAGGGUAUAUGUUUCCUGGUCGCCCUCUUGCCAACUUUUACUUUACCACCUUCGCGUACAACGGUGCAUCGCAGGCGGGUGUCUUGUCUCGAGAUCUUCGAAUUGCGCAAUACGCCCAUCUUCCCCCACGCGACACAUUCGUGCUCCAGGUCUCCGGCUGUCUGAUCGGUGCACUCAUGAAUUGGGUCAUGAUGUGGGAGAUCGUUCAGAACCAGUUCGACAUCCUGAUUGCUGUCCAAGGCAACAGUAUUUGGUCGGGUCAAAACAUCCAACAGUUCAAUACCCUCGCUAUUGCAUGGUCCAUUGCCCCAAGAAUGUUCUCCUUCGGCGCCCAAUACCAAUGGGUCACCAUUGCCUUCCUCCUUGGCUUUGUUGUCCCGCUACCUUUCUACCUUGGCUACCGCUACCUCCCCAAGACUUCCUUCUUGUCAAAAGUGCUAGCAUACAUCAAUCCGUGCAUAGUCCUCUGGUAUGCCGGCAAUCUCUUUGUUGGCAUCAACAGCUCACUCACAACGUUUUGGAUUGUGGGAUUCGUCUUCCAGGGGUAUGUGAGGAAGUACCAUGCAAAGUGGUUCGUCAAUUACAACUAUCUGCUCUCCGCGGCGCUGGACGGCGGUGCGCAGGUCAUGGUGUUCGUCUUGACGUUCGCUGUCGCGGGAGGAAGUGGGACUGCGCAUCCCUUUCCGACGUGGUGGGGAAAUCCGGAUCCAUCGGUGCAUAAUUCGGAUCGGUGCAUGGUGAAUCCCGCGAAUAAUGGUUAAAAGGAGCAAAUACUCAGCUGCAGUUUGAGUUGCGAAUUGCGAGUUGCGAGUUGCGAGGGGGACGAUGGGAGGCUCGGGAACGGCGUUCGUGACUUCUCGAUUUCCAGAUGCAAAAAACGUUGUCGAAUCAGUCUGCGGUCCUGGGCUCAAUGUCUAGCCUUCGAGCACUCGAUAGCCUCUGUCAGGACACGGCACGGGUGGCCAGACCAUUAAGGAAAGGGAUUCGUGAAUCGACAGCGCAGCAGGCAAGCAGCACUCAGCCCGUGUGAUUUUCUUAACGAUGUUGCUCGAUCCGACUCCUGUCGUCAGGCUAGAAUUGCCGUGAGAAAGACAUGAACAGCGUGGUUGAUCAUCUCGGUUUGGUGUUCCAACAGUGCGGUCAGCUCUUCACAAUAUGUUGCUGUGGAAUGCAUGCAAUGAGUGGUAAGAAGUUAGUCACACCCGCCGGGCUCCUUGUCUAUAAUCAGUACUCGAUAGCCUCUGAUCUAACACUCAUUACCCGAUCAUUAACCGUGCAUGGCUCUGACUGCAACUGCCUCUGAGGGUAACCGCAGGUCGCUCAGCCAAC